AUGUUCGAUUCUCUACAGUAUCUCGACACUGCACUGGUAAAACUUGCGCCUGCCUUGCCUCUUGGCCUCUUCCUUUUCUGGUACUUACGGCCUCCACCACGCCUCGCUCAGAUCCCACCAAGACAAGAGAGAGUUCUCAUAUUAGGUGCGACGAGCGGAGUGGGUCGUACCCUUGCUCAUCAAUAUGCGAAAAGAGGUGCACGAGUAUGCUUGGUAGGACGGAGGGAGUCAAUGCUUGAGGGGGCUGCUGAGGAAUGCAGGGAGGUAUCCCAAAGCGAUCGUGUUUUGUGUGUGCGUGGAGAUUGCGCAAGCGUGGAAGACAUGGCAAAGGUGCGCGAUGCAGUGAUCAAAGAGUGGGAUGGCAUCGACACGAUCAUAAUCACGGCUGGUGUUUCUGCCCUUCAACCAUUGAUGUCAGUUGCUGGAGUAACUGCUUCCAAAGACGGUUUCUCUCCACCACAUGCCACUACUGAAGCCAUUCACAACGCGGUUGGUGUCGCAAAAGCAGCUAUCAGUGGCAAUUUCUUCGGUCCAUACAUUGCUGCGAUCACAUUUAUACCUCUUCUCACGUCUUGUUCCAUAUCACCGUCUAUCCUUCUCCUUUCAAGUGUGGCAGCAAUCAUUCCUGCGCCAACACGCACGCUCUACGCUUCUACCAAAUCAGCUUCCCUAGUACUCUUUCAGGCGCUCGCAAUUGAGCACCCCCGUAUAUCAUUCACGUCCUUCCUUCCUUCAACGAUUGAGGGGGACUUCCGCGCGUCCGCGGUCGACACACCGCCCAAUUCUUCCCCCGUUAUACAUGAGGCUGACCCAAACAAACAUGGCUUGCGCCGCGAGGUGGUGGCAACACGUUGUAUCCAGGCCAUUGAUCAUAAAGAGAAGACAGUCGUUAUGCCCCAGUACAUGCGAAUUGGACAAAUUUUAUAUUGGAUCUGGCCAGCAUGUGUGGAGUGGAGAGCAAGGGUGAAGUACAAUUUUAGAGCCGACUAG